GAUGUGUAUGCAUAUGCAUAGUGAUCUAUAUUCUAAAUUAACUCCUGGAAGUGGAUUUGACUUACGUGUCAUGACUACUGGCAAUGAGAAGGAAGCAUGUUACUUUUACAUUAAUUGCCAUUUUUCUGAUUUGGAAUGUGAUUGCUUAUAUAUACCUGUUUACGAGGCCCAGGGAAAGUAUCUGCCUAAUGUACUUCAGCCUGAAGAAAAGGUGCAAUUGACUGAAAAAUUAAAAGACCUAGCUGAUGCAAUCGCAAGCCAAGGAGAAUGGAACCAAUAUUUAUUAAAACAGCUACAGGGUUUAAAAAUGGAACUGGAGGGAAAUAAUAAAAUGGAUAUUUUUAAAAGAGAGCCUAUAAAUGAUAAUUUAGGGUCAGAAAUUCAAAUACCAAUCUUAAUGAUUGCCUGUAACCGACCUGAAGCCUUACGGGCAUCUCUGAAGAAUCUUAUUGAUACCAGACCGUCCAGUAGUCGAUUUCCUAUUGUUGUAAGUCAAGACUGCAUGCAUCAACCAACUGCAGAUGUUGUUCGAUCGUUUGGUAACGAGAUCAAACAUUUCACUCAGCAACCUGAUCAGUCACCAAUAAAAGAUCUCAAGCCCAAAGAAAAAAAGCUAGAGGGGUAUUACAAAAUAUCACGUCACUACAAAUGGGCUUUAACUCAAGUCUUUGACAUAAAAGGCUAUAAAGCUGCAAUAAUAGUGGAAGAUGACUUGGUAUUUGCUAAGGACUUUUUCGAAUAUAUGGAAGCUCUUUACCCUUAUCUUAUGAAAGAUCCAAGUCUUUUCUGCGUCUCUGCGUGGAACGAUAAUGGUAAAGAGUCAAUGGUUGAUAAUUCGCAAAAUGAAAAAUUGUAUAGGACUGAUUUCUUUCCUGGUCUCGGAUGGAUGAUUACAAGUAAUCUGUGGUCUGAGUUACGAGAUAAAUGGCCAAAAGGAUUUUGGGAUGAUUGGUUGCGACAACCGGAUCAACGGAGAGAUCGCCAGUGCAUUCGGCCAGAAAUUCCUCGUACAGAAAUUUCCCCUCAUGGGAAGAAGGGAGUUAGCAAAGGGCAAUUCUUUGAUAAACAUCUCAAAUUUAUAAAAAUGAAUACCAAAUUUGUGCCUUUUACAAAAUUAGAUUUAAGUUAUUUAACUAAGGAUCGAUACGAUUCUGAAUGGGUAAAAGGGAUAUACAAAUUGCCUCUGGUAUCCAUCAAUGAUGUGCUCAAGAAUACAAAUCCCAGUCAUAAGGAGGUUCGUAUUGAGUAUGUAACCAAAAAUGAUUUCAAGUCUUUGGCAAAGAGAAUGGGAAUUAUGGACGAUUUUAAGUCAGGUGUUCCUCGUAUGGGUUAUAGAGGAAUUAUUCCUUUUCUGCUAAACAAAAAGCGAGUAUAUUUUUCUCCCCCUUCAACGUGGACCAAAUAUGACACUAGCUGGUCCUAA